AGGCAUGAAGAACAUCCCCGGGAUCUGAGCUCACUGACCGGGUUCGCUUCUCGUGUUCCCUCGGCGGUUCUGACUGGAGGUCGCCUGGUCGCGGAGGGGGGGCGGAUGCUCUGCGGAAGAGCAGCAUGGAGGAGAAGCGGCAGUUCCUUUGUGGGGUGGUGGAAGGUUUCUAUGGGAGGCCUUGGUCUAUGGAUCAGAGAAAAGUUCUCUUCCAGUGGAUGCAGCGCUGGGGGUUGAACACCUACUUGUACGGCCCAAAAGACGACCUGAAGCACAGACUGCUGUGGAGAGAAGUCUAUUCUCCCGAGGAGGAGAGUCAGCUGCGCACGCUCAUCAUCGAGGCCCAGUCGAGAGGCCUGAGGUUUGUCUACGCGCUCUCUCCGGGUCAGGACAUCGUCUUUUCUUCCUCCUGCGACUUGACGCUGCUCAAACGCAAACUGAGACAGGUGUCGGACCUGGGCUGCCAGGCCUUCGCCAUCCUGUUCGACGACAUCGAUCACUCCAUGUGCCAGGCUGACAGCGAGGCCUUCGCCUCGUUCGCCCACGCUCAGGUCACCGUAACCAAUGAAAUCUACCGGUUCUUGGGGGAACCGCCCGUCUUCCUGUUUUGCCCUACAGAGUACUGCGGUUCUCUGUGUUCUCCCAGUGUGUCUAAAUCUCCCUACCUGCAAACUGUGGGAGAAGACCUCCUGCCUGACAUUACUGUCAUAUGGACAGGCAGUAAGGUCAUCUCCAGGAAGCUGUCCGUGGACUGCCUGGCGGAGGUGGAGUCGGUCCUGCAGCGGCCCCCCCUCAUCUGGGACAACCUGCACGCCAACGACUACGACUCCCGGCGUCUCUUCCUGGGGCCCUUCAAGGGCCGGGAGCCGCAGCUGAGGAGCCACCUGAGGGGCCUGCUGCUCAACCCCAACUGCGAGUUUGAAGCCAAUUACAUCCCGCUGCACACGCUGGGGAGCUGGUACCGGGCCGGGAAGGAGGAGGUGAAAGAUGAGGAGUGCGAGUAUUGUCCCGAUCGAGCUCUGUCUGCUGCGCUCCGCGACUGGAUGGAGGAGCUCAACCAGCCUCUGCAAGCUGGCCGUCAGUGUACGAAGACAGAGCAGCGUGUCUCCGCUCCGUCGACUCGCUGCAAAACCCCCGACAGAUCAGAAUGCUCUUCCACCUUCAGAGGGAGCUCGGCCGUGGCCAAGCUCCCGGUCUUCCCCUUAAACUCCGGCUCCCCUCCGUCCUCGCCCACCAGAUCCAGGGGCGAGAGGGAAGGGCGAGAGGGAGAGAAGAGGAGGCCCAACCAGCCCGGGCAGCCUGGCGGCCAGCACCCUCCCGGAUCCAGGCAGGGAGCGCCGGCGGGUGGCGGCGGCGGCGGGCGGGGCCAGAAGGCCCAGGGUCGGGGAUCCUGCGCUGGGAAAGGCACGCUUAGCGAGUCCCAGGUGCGGCUCCUGGUCGGCCUCCAUUACCUCCCGCACGAGCACGGGGCGUCGGCCCAGAAGCUGCUGCAGGAUCUGACCUGGCUGAAGACCAACUGCCACCUGGUCGGCGCCGGCAGCAAGAAGGCGCCGCCGCAGAAGGCCGACGAGUGGCGUGGGCGGGCCUCCAGGUUCCUCUGCCUCUGCGAGGACAUCGCGCAGCUUCACUACAGCGUCGUGAGCGGCGCCAACAGAGCCGUGCUCUACGACCUCUACCCUUACGUCUGGGACCUGAGGAACACGGCGCUGGUGGCCAAAGCCUUCAUAUGCUGGCUGGACGGUCGGGUGCAGAGUGACGCCUCCACCCUGGGCUCCUGGAGGAACUGCUUCCACUGGUGUGGUAAGACCACCGGCGCCGACCUGCUGGGCGUGGACUCAGAGCCGUGGGUGUUCAAAGGGGGCGUGUCCGGGGAGGUGCAGAUGCUUCUCCCAAUAGGCAGCAGCAGCGAGCUGUUCACCCAUCCGCCCCCUCUCUUCCCUACCUCCCGUCUCUACAACGUCAGGCCCUACCACAGCAAGGACAAGGUGGAGCUUUAUCGGAUGGUACGACAGCUCCACCUGAGGACCCAGGGCGGCCAGGAGUCCAGCACUGCUCACCCAGAUAUCAUCGGAGACAGGUGUCUGGGACCGUGCCUGGCGCUGUGUCCAGAGUACAGCUUCAUCCUGGAGGACGAGCUGGGGGUGUGCGGCUGCGUGCUGGGCAUCCUGGACGUCCGCUCCUUCGCCAAGCGCUGCCAGGCCAGCUGGAUCCCCGCCAUGAGGGACAAAUACCCGCCCAAAGCCGGCAACACGCACGCCAACACACAGGACCUAAUCCAGCUGAUGGAGGAGGACCAGGGCGAGUACCCCGACUCGCUGCUCUACCACUUCCCCUCCCAGCUGCGGCUGGACGCCCUGCCCGAGCUGGUGGACGUCAGCGUGAGCCGCACACUGCUCACCGCCCUCCUUACCGCGCUCAAGGCCAACGGUUCUCAGGGUGUUUUCUGUGAGGUGCAGCCGACGGACCGCCAGCGGCUGGAGUUCCUGACUAAGCUGGGCUUCCUGGAGAUCCUCAGAGGAGAAGCUCGGAGCAGAGAAGGGGUGGUGCUGGGACGGCUGCUCUGAUUGCACACACACACCUACACACACGCACACACACACACACACGAUAAGAUA